AUGAGCCGCCUAGGAACCAAGACAAUGCAGCAAGCAACACAGCUACAGGUGUCACCCAGUGGGCAGAACUCCUAUCAGCCCGUCCCCAACCUCCAAGACAAAGUGGGGACACCGCGUCCGCAGCUACAGGUGUCACUCAGUGGACAGAGCUCCUAUCAGCCCGUCCGCAAUCUCCAAGACAAAGCAGGGACACUGCGUCCACAGCCCCGGCAUGAGCCACGUGCGUCCAAGGAGACCCUUCUGCAACAGCCGGACAAGGACAAGAUGGUGGCUUGUCAUAUCCCAUGCCUCUGGGCUGUGGUGGAGAGCCAGGUCUUCAAGAAUGUCCUGGUGGACGAAAUGGACAUGAUGCUGUCCCAUGCAGCCACCCUCAUCCAAGCCUCCUGGAGGGGCUACCGGCUCCGGCAGAAGCUAGUCUCUCAGAUGAUGGCGGCCAAGGCCAUCCAGGAGGCCUGGAGACGCUUCAACACCAGGUGCCUCCUCCAGUCUGGCAAGACGGUGGAGAAAAAAGCGAAGGUGGAGGAGGGGGACAUCCCUUACCACCCGCCCCAGCAGGUGCGGUUCCAGCAUCCGGAAGAGGGCAAGUCCCUUCUGGCCCAGCCCACCAUGGUGAGCAAGGAGACCCAGUUUCCUUCCUCCAACAGCCUGGCCGCUUAUAUCCACCAGCUGGCCCUGCUGCAGUCCCAGGGCAUGUCACAGCCGGGUACGUGCUCUGUCGGAGGCCCCAGCGUCGCCUUCCUUCCACGCCAGACCGUUGCCAUCAGACUUCUGUGUCCUGUGAAUCUAGAGGUGAAGUGCCGCCCGUGCCGGCUGACAAGAACCAUCAGAAAUGCCUGCCUUGUCCACGUAGAGGGGGACACGAUGAAGACCAAGAGAGUAACUGCCAGAGCCAACGAGGCAGGAGCCCCAGGGCCACCACCAUCCGGAAGGUGUGCCCAGGCAGUUCAAAGACAACUCAAGAUCCAGACCCAGGCCCGCAUGGAAGGGCCACCACGGACAGGCCCAGCACCUGUGAUAACCAAGACCCCACCCCAGAUGUACCCAGCAGCCCCGAUGACCAGGAGCCCAGCCCAGACACGCCAGGCAGCCACAAUGACCAAGACCCCACUCCAGCCGUGCCCAGCGACCACAGUGACAAUAACCAAGACCCCACCCCAGUUGCACCCUGCAUCCCCAGUGACCAAGACCCCGCCCCAGACGUGCCCACAAGCCCCAGUGACCAAGACCCCACUCCAGUCAUGCCUGGCGGCCAUGAUGAGCAAGACCCCGCCCCGGCCCUGCCCAGCGACCCCAGUGACCAAGACCUCAGCUCGGAUGAGACCAUCAGCCUCGAUGACCAACACUUCACCCCGGACACGACCGGCAGCCACGAUGGCCAAGAUCCCACCCCAGUUACGCCUGCUGCCCUCGAUGAUCAAGUCUCCAACGCAGACACGCCCUGCAGCCACAAUGACCAAGGCCCCGCCCCAGACGUGUGCAGUGCCCGUGACGGCCAAGACCCCAGCCCAGGUGCGCCCGGCAGCCACGAUGACCAAGACCCCACUGCAGACGUGUCAGGCGGCCGCGAUGGCCAAGACCCCAUCUCAUCAGACACUCCAGGGCGUCUCGGUGACCAAAGCUCCUCCUGCCCAGACACGCCCGGCGGCCAUGGUAACCAAGACCCCAGCUCAGGUACGCUCGGUGGCCACCAUCCUCAGGACCCUGUGCCUGCCCCCUCCAGCAGCUGGAAAUCUCAAACCUGCAUCUUCAGCAGCGGCGGCAGCCGGAAUUCCCGACACCUCAUCCCACACGUGUCUAAGUGGACCGAAGGCCAAGGCUGUGGUGAACGCGAGGCAGGCAGCGGGGGUGACCGAGGUCUCGUCUCACUCAUACUUGACUGCGGGAAAAGUGAAAUGCUUCCCCCCAUCACUUCUGGGGGCUGGGGAUCCCAAGGCUCCAGCCAGGCCUCCUUCGGAAGGUGAGAAAAUCAAGGCCUUCUCCCAGAAACGGGUGAAAAUGGAAACAGCAUCUAACAUCAGCGUGGCCGUGGAAGUGCCCGUGGUUUCAUCCUGGUCAAAAGUGGCUGAGGGCAGGAACAAGCAGACACACCCGAGGACGGAUGUCGUGAAGGCCCUGUCCCAGGUAUGUGAGCCUAUAGAAACAGCUGUGGCACAUCUGGGUACAUGUCUGCCUCAGGGAAAACCGGCCCCGGGUUCAACCACAGGCUCGCUCCAGGCACGUCUGUUGGCCAAGCUGACCAAGCCCCUGUCCCAGGCACACGUUUCUACCAAGCUGACCAAGGGCCCGUCCCAAGGACAUCCACCCCCUGAGCUGACCACAGCCCUAGCCCAGUCACAUCUGGGCAUGUGUCCGUCCAAGGUGCAGUCCCAGGCACAUCUGGCCACAGAAACAGCCAAGAGCCUCCAUGCAGCCCGCCAGGCCGCUGAGCUUAGCAGCAAGACCCAGUCCCAACCACUCCUAGUCGAGUUCAAGGCCUCCACCCAGCCCUGCCAGCACGUCGGCGCUCUGCCCCGAGGCAAGCCAGAGGACAGACUGACCCAGCUCCUGUCCCACAGCUACGUGCAGGGCAAGGCCACCCAGGGCCCACGCCAGGGGCCCUCUGAGAGCCAGAACACGCUGGUGCCUCUGCUGGCCUCUGCUGGACACACCACGUGCCAUGUCGAAUCCUGGGGGGACAGUGGGGCCGCCUGGGCCCAGCCGUCAACAACCAGCCCAGCCCCGCCCUGCCAGGAGGAGCUGGCAGCCUCCCAGCUCGCUUCCCUGUGUGCUGAGCUGGCUGCCCUGCUGGGCUCCCAGGAGAACCUCCGCGCCCUGCUGGCAAAAGCCCUCUCCCAGGGGGAAGUGAGGGCGGCCCUGAUCCAGGCCCUGUCCAAAGAGGUCUCGGGAGCCACGAUGGCCAAGGCCCUGCCCCAGGGCAUCCUGGGCACGGCGCUGGUGAAGGCGCUGUCCUGGGGCAAGCUGGCCACCAGCCUGUCCUGCGCCCUGUCCCGGGGCGAGCUGCAGGCAGAGCUCACUAAGGCCAUUCAGGGCAGACUGGCGGACGUGCUCAGCAAGGCCCUGACGGAGGAGGAGCGGGCCACCUUGAACCAGGCCCUGUGUCAGGGUGAGCUGGGCGCAGUCCUCAGCCAGUCCUUUUCUCAGGCGGCCCUGAGGUCUGGAGUCGUCCUCCCCAAGGCUGCCGCGAAAACGGCGGGAAGCGGGGUGACUGCGACGCCGACCCCAGUGGAGGUGGACUGCAGGGGGAGCCCGUCGGCUGCAUGGGGGCCCACUCUGGGCCCCCUGAGACUACAGCCCAGCAAGGGUCCUGAGGACGCUGGCGUGUCCGGCAGCCAAGCGUGGAACUCUGCCGUCCCCAGUGUAGCGGUCGGGCCCAGGAACAGCACUGCGGUCCCUGGCGGCGCGUGGGAGCCAGCCAGGAGCGCUGUGCCGUGGGACGUCAUGGCAGCGGUGGAUCCCAGACAGCCGGGGGAGCUGGUGGCGUCGGUGCAGGCUGUGGAGGAGAUAAUCAUCCACGCGGUGGUCAUCAUCCAGGCGUGUUCACGUGGCUUCCUGGUGCGCCAUACCAUCAAGGUGUGGCGUCAGUGGGCCAUCACCAUCCAGGCUGCCUGGCGUGGCUACCGUGUACGGCGGGACCUGGCCCGGCUCUGCAGAGCCACCACAAUCAUCCAGGCUGCGUGGCGAGGCUUCUGCAUCGGCCGGAGCUGCACCCAGCAAAUGCUGCUCCCAGGCAUGUGGGCUGAGAGGGGCAGCGGGGCCAGGACAGCGUCUGACCACCGCUGCUUCCAGUCCUGCCAGCCACACGACUGUAGUCUCUGCCAGUCACUGAGCUCCGGGCUGGGGAGCCCACCCAGCGUGGUGAUGCUUGUGGGUUCCAGCUCCCGCACGUGCCACAUUUGCGGCCAUACCCUGCCCACCCGGGUGGUGCAUGGCACGGGCCAGGGUGCUGCAGGUCAGGCCGGCGUGCCACGGGGCUGCAUCACCCAGUCAAACCCCCGGAGCCUCCGGCAACCCCAUCACCAGAACAAGGCAGCCACGGCCAUCCAGUCAGCCUGGAGGGGCUUCACUGUACGCUGCCGGCUGAAGCAGCAGCACUUAGCAGCCAAGACGCUUCAAGCCACCUGGCGCGGCCGUUGCACCCGGGCCUCUCUCACCACGGAUGCGCUCUUGGGACCAGCAGCGUGGGACAACUCACGGCACAUGCAGUGGCCAGGUGUCUAG